AUGGACGCUACGUUGGCAACUCCCAGAGAUGAGGCCGCGGCGAGACACCGCUUCGAGAAUUUCAAGCUGGGCAAGAGUGCUCCGUCGAGCGCUCCCGUCCCCGGAAAUCACGGCCAUAGUCGCUCUCACUCUCGCAACAAGUCCAUCUCCAAUUCCCUUCCCUCUUUUUCCUUCCCUGUUUCUUCAAAAACCCCAUCUGUAAACGACAUGUCUCAUUUUUCUUUCCCUCCAAGCAACGGAACGACCACCGCACCCCUUCCCUCGGUGCCUUCAUUUAGCCCUACCACCCCUUCUUUCAACGCCACUUCGAAUCCCGCUCCUUCGACUAAGCGCAAUUCCCACCAUCGCCGCAGGUCUUCAGUCUCGACUCGCCACGAGUCCGCAGAGCUCAUGGGUGUUUCCCUCCCCGACCUCCCGCCUUCGACGUCUGACGACAACAUCAACCUCGGCGAGAAAGAUUCUAUUCGCCGUCGAGCUCUCUGGGCCCUUGAAGGAAAACCGGACAUUUCCUACAACAAGGUGGAGAUUCCCGACUUCUCAGCGCCUGACGUGGAGAAGAUGAUGUUUGACUUUGCAACGAAACCGUCUUUGGCAUCUGGUUCAAGCUCUGGCUACGGCAACACCCUGAUGGCCAACAAACGUGAUUCUUUCAAGCUUUUGGCUACCUCCUCGUCAUCGAAGGACCAGCUCCAUACCCUUGUCGAGGAGGAGGAAGAAGAGGAAGAGGAGGAACAAUGCAAGGAGUCGACCAAAGCAGAGGACUCGCUCCCGUCCCCAGCUGAGUCUGUCAAGGAGAACUUUCUUCCCCCCAAUACGCCUGUUACUCCCGCUCCCGCUGUUGCUGUUACGAAACCUACUCCUGCGAAGCACCGGCCUUCGAAUUUGAACCUCAGGCCUUUGUCACUCACUCCCGAUAACCUCAUUACCACGACUCAGGGCUUACCAACACCGACCCUCACUCCAAGUCCUCGGACAGGUCUGCGUUCCUUAUCCCUGUCCCCGAGUCCCGCCUCUUCGGAAGACUCAAUACCUGCUGAAUCUGUUAAGCAAUCCAGGCGCAGUUCUCUAGUAAUCUCGCCUACCCCAGCUUCGCGAAGGCCCGUAUUGAAUCUCUCUAUGGAUCAAGUUGACAACUCUCCGCCCUCAAAGUCCGAUGACGAUCAACAAAAGCCUGUCAGGAGGAGCAGCAUCUCCUACAAACGAUCGUCUACAGGUGGUGGUGUGACACUCAACAGUGCGGGCCUUCCCACGCCGGAGAUGACGCCGACGUUUGGACGACGGUACUCGAACGCAGAGUCUGUCAACAGCAUCGGAGACGACGAGUUUUUUCCUAACCCCCCGACCCAGUCGAGGCCUCUCAGCGCGAGUGAGCAGCAUUUUCUGGUCAAGUCGCAUCAUGCGCUUCUUGCGCGGAUAACCGACUUGGAGCGCACGCUGUCGAUGAGACGGAGAGAGUCGGGUGGGUAUUCCAACGGAGGCAGCUCGCGGCCCUUGUCGGUCGCGUCAAACUUCUCGUCCUCGAGCGAUUUGGCAAGCGCGACAGGCAGCGAGCCGCCCAGCGAUGAGAUGCUCAACCUCAUUGCGGACCUCAAGGCGGAGCGUGAUGAACUGAAGCGGGAUGUGGAUGGAUGGCGUCAGCGAGUGAAUAGCCUCGAGUCGCAGACGGCCAUGCUGGCUAAGCGAAUCGAGAAUGAACGCCGGGAUGCGUGGGUCGCGCGCUCUCGCGUUGGCUUGUUGGAGGUAGAGAAGAAUACUCUUACCAAGAGGCUCGAGGCCGUUGAUGAGCUUAUUGGGCUGCACGACCAAGAGAAAAACCUCUGGGCGUCGGAGAAGAAAGUUCUGCAGAUGGAGAACGAGGAGCACUCCAAGAGGGUCGCCGAACUCGAGGCUGAGCUCGCCAGUGUCAAGAAGGAGCUAGAGACCGAGCGGACAAGGAAGACGAAGGAGAUCGACCCUCUCGCGACGCCUACUCCGCGCUCGUUCGACAACUUCAGUCGUCAAGCCCUCAACAGGAAGCAUGGCCUUGGCUUCAUGUCUGUCGACUCUGAGGCCUCUUCAACAGAGUUCGACCCGGACUCCUCCGAUGACGGUCCGACUGCCUUCGGUUUUGCCCUCAAGUCAGUCCAGGAAUCCGACGAAAACUAUGAAGACGAAUAUUCGGAAGAUGAGAAUGGGCUUGCUGGGUACGAAGAUGAGGAAGAUACUGACAUGAGCCUCCAGUCGUCUUCUUCCUUCGAUUCGGACGACGAUGAUGCCCCGCGGACCACCACUCAUCUCCAACAAACCGGCGGGUCAUCGCCCAGCACUCCUACCCGCCCGGUCUUCACACCGCCCCGCCCUACCCAUGUCUCGAGAGCCACAUUGUCCAGGACUUGGACCUUCCCUAAAGGAAACGUCCCUCAGCCUGCUACUCCCAAGGAAGAAGAGAAAGAGCCCGUGGACAAGUUCUUCGGGUGUCUGGAUGAUGAGAGCGAUACACAUGGCUCUGUACCCAGUAGUCCUUCGUCUUAUUCGUACGAGAAAAGUAAGGGUCUCUUCUCUAGCGGGUUCAAGUUCGCACCCGAGGACGAUAACGCUUCUUUCUUCUUACCUGGCAACAUUGGCAUUCCUGCCGAAGAGGAGAAGGGCGACAGGCGCCUGUCUACUGUCGAUGAAGCCGAAGAGGAUGAAGAUGACUCCGAUGACGACGACAUGUUCGGGGAGGCUGGUGGAAUCCGUAUUACCUUCACGCCUCCUCAAGAGGAAGAGAUCAAGGAGGAGAGGAAGCAAAUCCAAUUAUCUCCUGUCAAGCGCACCUCGCCACCGCCCACUCUUCCUGCGCUCGACUUCGGUAGCUUCGACGACGAAGACGAGACCGAGGAUCUUGGAGCUGUGAUCCCGAUCAGCUUUGACCGUCCUCUGCUCCAGGAGACCGAGCCGUCACCUCCUGCAUCUCCUGCGCCAGCCUCCGUUCCUGUAAUCGUCACCACCCCUCCAUCGUCUAUUCCUCGCCCAACGUCUCCUUCUGCCCAUCCUGCUUCUCCCGCUUCUUCCAUGAUUCCUCGUUCUACGUCCCCUUCUUCGAUACCUCGUGCCACGACCUCCAGAUACUCAUUCUCUGCACCGCCUAAUUCUGAGCCUCGUUCGCCCACGCCGCCGAAGGCAUCUCCUAUCCAUGCUGUCGCCGCGUCUUCCUCCUUCGUUACGCCUCCUAAUAAACGUGGAGGUGCCCUACCUUCAUUCAUCCCUCAAUCGGUCUCUUCGCCAUCGCCCAUCCGAACGAUGCCGGCGCCAGCCAAACCGAAAGUGGUCCCUACCUCAACGUUCAUCCGCCAACCGUCUCGGAAGCCACUGCUGCCGUCAGUUGCACCCAAGGGUCAAAGUGGUACAAAUGCAAAUGGUUCGACAUUGAUUCCUCAGAUUGCCAGUACUUUUCCGUCGAUGAACACUGCGACCAACGCUCGUUCUUCCCGCAGAUCCCCUGACCCCGCAUCGAUCCCAGCCGCGUCCGUCUUCGAUAACGCACCAGGCUCAUCGCAAAUGAAGAGCAUCGACCUCACUCACGACAACACGCAGCGCCACGUUCCUGUUCGCGGUACUGAGCAUGGUUGUUCUCGUUCCUCCGCCUCUACCUCUACUCCCUCUAUUAUGCCCACCCCUCUGGUCGCACGACUAUCCUUCGAAACUCUUACGCAUUUUAAUCCUUUCUCUUGGACGUCGCGGACUAGUUCCGCCUCUGUUCCUUCUCAACGUCCUGCACCUUCCACAGCGUCUCAUAGCGCAGCCAGCAGCCUUAGUGACCAUACGGUUGUUGGUGUUGAAGCUGCCCCCAGGAGGAGUGGAGGAUAUGUUUCUCGUGAGAAGCAGCUGCGAUUGUUGAAGGCCAGGAUGGAGGUGGAAGGUGUGAUGGUAAUGAGGACUCUUGUCGAUGUGCAAUGCAAGAAGUGCAAUGGAGAGAUCGUUUACAUUUGA